AUUAAAAUAAAAAUUCUGAAGUCGGCAUCUCGAAGAUUAAACUUUGAACCAAUCAAAGCCCGAGUUUGCUAAAUUCGAGGUGUCCAAAAAAAAGUUUGUAGUCAAAGUUAUUGAUUAUUCAAGGAAAGCGAGUUGAUUUUAAAGUUCCUUCGUUGAAAAGAUAAAAUUAAAAAGUGAGUGAAGGAGACGAUAGCCAAAAACAUCAGUUUCAGUAUAAAGCAAUGGCGGACAAGGUCGAGAAGAUGAAGGCCCGGCAGGAUUACCGGAACUUAUGGCACUCCGAUCUCAUGGGCACCGUCACCGCCGACACUCCCUAUUGUUGCUUGGCGUGUGUGUGUGGACCAUGUGUUUCUUACUUGCUUCGGAGAAGAGCACUUUACAAUGACAUGUCUAGGUAUACUUGCUGUGCUGGAUACAUGCCCUGUAGUGGGAGGUGUGGAGAAAGCAAGUGCCCUGAACUUUGCCUUGCCACCGAGGUUUUCCUCUGCUUCGGAAACUCUGUGGCCUCUACUCGCUUUCUUCUGCAGGAUGAAUUCAACAUUCAGACAACACAGUGCGACAAUUGCAUUAUUGGAUUCAUGUUCUGCCUAAGCCAAGUCGCUUGCAUAUUCUCUAUUGUCGCUUGCCUUGUUGGUAGCGAAGAACUUUCUGAAGCUUCUCAGAUACUCUCUUGCUGUGCUGAUAUGGUCUACUGCACGGUCUGCGCGUGUAUGCAGACACAACACAAGCUUGAAAUGGACAAAAGAGAUGGAGUGUUUGGAUCUCAGCCAAUGGGAGUGCCACCGGCUCAGCAGAUGUCCCGCUUUGACCAACCCGUCCCUCCUCCAGUUGGAUACCCGCCGGCAUCUUACCCACCGGCUCAAGGCUACCCUCCUGCUUCUUACCCGCCGGCUCAAGGUUACCCUCCUGCAUCUUACCCGCCUCCCGGUUAUCCCCAUCACUGAGAAAACUUUAAACCAUCCUCCUGCAUCUUACCCGCCUCCCGGUUAGCCCCAGCAUUGAGAAACUUUAAACCGAUAUCUUCAUAUUGUGUGUCAGAGUGUUGUUGUUACUCGGUGUAGUUUGUUAUAUUUUGUUUUCCAGCUAUCUUUCUCAGUAUGUGGUUGCUUUGCAAGUAUUAUUAGUACUUUGGUUAAAAGCUUUGGUAUCAUCUGGUGUAUUGAUUUCAUUGGUAUUUCUUUCCUCGCUAUUGUGAUUUCCUUGCACUUGCUUAACCAAGUAGUUUUUAGCCAGAAGCAGUAUUUUUUUGCGUAGUCUAGUUUCUUCAUUUUUCUUUCUCUUAUAAGCUAAACUUGGUAGCAAAACGAAUAUUAAUCAAUGUUGUACAUUUUCAUUCACUAUGUUUAGAUUUUAUAUAUCAC